AAACAUCACUUUCACAUCCGCAUCUCCGACUACACUGUACCCAACACUCCAGGAACUCGAUCUAUCUCACAGGUUCACAUAAGCACCGUAAAGCCACCAUGUCCGAAUACUCCCCAGCAUGCUGCUCCAUCCCCCCGGUUGUGUCCAAGGGCUAUACCCCCAAGGGCCGCUAUGAGACUAUUGGCGACACCAAAAUGUAUGUCACUGGUCCAUCAGAUGCCUCCAAAGCUAUCUUUGUCGUCUACGACAUCUUCGGUUUCUUCGACCAAACGGUGCAAGGCGCUGAUCUGCUUGCGCACUCAGGCAAGUACCAGGUCUUCAUGCCCGACUUCUUCGACGGAAAGCCGGCCGAGAUGAGCUGGAUGGCACAGGGUAUGGACGGACCGCUGGGAGCUUUCUUCGGAUCGACAGGCAACCCUCAGACCGCAGUAGGCAAGCUCCCCGGCAUGGUCGACGCGAUUGGCAAAAAGUACACCAGCAUCAAAUCUUGGGGUAUCCUAGGAUUCUGCUGGGGCGGCAAGAUCGUUUCCGUCGUCACGUCCAACAAGCUCUGCAAGUUUGCGGCUGGUGCCCAGUGCCACCCGGCCAUGCUCGACCCCAAAGAAGCGGCUGGCAUCGAAAUGCCGCAUCUCAUGAUUGCUUCCGGCGACGAAGAAGUGGAGGUGGUGAAGGAAUUCGAGAAGGGACUGAGCGUGCCCAAGCACUUUGAGCGCUUCGAUGAUCAGCUCCACGGCUUUAUGACGGCGCGUGCCGACCUCGAGGACGAGAAGGUGAAGGCUGAGUACGAGAGGGCAUACAAGCUUGUCAUCGCUUUCUUCGACAAGCACGUUUGAAAGCGGCAUUACUAUCGUGUGGGAUGAGAGUAGAGUCGGGCUAGGUUAGAAAUAUAUUCUGUUCUGAAAACAUCCAAA